CUCGUCCCCUGCUGUCUCUUUAAGAGGCAUCGACGUCGCAGUGGGCGCACUCGAUAUGAGCCCUUCAUGGCUGCAGGAUGCGCUCGGAUCCGCAUCAGCUGCUGCGUCUUCUCGCCACGCUGCCAGCGACGCACCAGCCGCAGCCUCGGUAUAGUUGUCGUCGUCCCCGUGAGCGGCACGCUCGGGUCCGAGGCUUCUGACACGAGUCUAGCUGGAAGGACUCCGAGCCUCCUUUACUAGAGGCAGCAUGUCCUUAACGCUCACCCCAAGCAGGAAACCUUCAUCAGGUCAGCACAGGCGCUCUGCAGGAGCGAGUGGUAGCAGCGGACGAUGCAACCCUAGUGACAUGUCCAGCACCAGCAACUACUCGCUGAAGGUCAAGGCGACAGAGGGAAGCCUCACGCCUCGGAUGUAUCCUAGUACGCCGAGGCGUCAGGCAAAGCAUACGGUGUGUAGCGACAACCAUGGGAUCAGGCCUCCCGCCCCAGAGCAAUACCUCACUCCCCUGCAGCAGAAAGAAGUGUGCAUACGUCAUCUGCGAGCCAGACUGAGGGACAACGUGGAGCGAUUACAUCACAGGGACUACGAAAUAGAUGAGUUGAGGACUCAGCUAUACAGGAUGCAGGAAGACUGGAUUGAAGAAGAAUGCCACCGCGUGGAGGCCCAGUUGGCCCUCAAAGAAGCCCGCAAGGAAAUUCAGCACCUGCAAGAAGUGGUGGAGUCUGUCAGGUCCAAUCUGGGUAAGCAAGACCACGACCAUAAGCCAUGCAUGAGGUCACAGGACCCGAGGCCCAGCGGGAGGUCUCGCUCCUGCGGCUGCUCCCCCGCCAGCACUUUGACCCGAAGCAGACACCUGAGCGCCGAGGCCGCGCCGACCGAGUCGAACCGAUCGUCAUGCCACCUGCUGCUGGAGGCCGGACUCCUCACGGAGCGCACGCCGCGGCGAGACCGCGCCGAAGGGACUGCGCUGCCCUACGCCGCGUGUGACCGGCUGUGCCGAGGGGGCGCGGUAUCCGUCUCGCACUCCUGCCACUCUCUGUCCGGAAGCUGCUACCUCCCUCAUCAUCACUUGUUCCUGCACUUACCUCAGGAGGAGCCCCCGGAAACUAUUGCCUCGGCUUCGACGGCACCCGCCGAUCCUGUCCCGAGUGCUCCGGCUAGGAGAAAGCCAGAAGUACGCUCGCAGGCCUGCAGCCCGACCAUGACUUGGCGGUCACGUGAGGACAGCGGCCCAGAGGAGCUGAGCGUCAUUUCCGUGCCGUCGGCGGACACGAGCCCCGCGGAUCCCUUCGUCACUCCGACGACUUUGCUUCCUCUGUCUCCUCCAGAGAUCCCCCACGUGCGCCAACCCCACUCCGCGGCCCCCCACAGGCAGGAAGCAGCCAUCUUGGAGACAGAGGAGGACUGCAAAGAUGAAGGGGGAAAUGAUGAUGCGCCUCAGAGGUGCCACUGGAGCCCUUACUUCCUGGUGGAUCUGUUGGCCUUGGCUGCGCCGGUGGUUCCGACUGUGGCGUGGCUGUGUCGCGGAUCACCUCAGGAUAUUGCGCCCGUCUAUCACAUCGGCUCCUUGCUGAGAGGUUGCUGUGCCGUGGCCUUGCAUUCGCUCCGUCGGAGAGGCGGCGGGCCGGGACGCGGACGAGCCAGCGUGAGUGGAACGCCCAUCUGACUUGGAAUCUCAACUGUCCAGGCUUUCUCAAACUUAACACGCUUUUGGCAUGGGCUGCUCUUGUCACAUUUAGUAGCUUCAAAGAAUAUGUCAGAGAAUUGGUGUGAAUUUAUGGGGGGUUACUUAUUUGCACACAGAGAAAAAUCAUUCUCAAAGAUAAAAGUGGACCCCCGCUAUUUACAGGAGAGAGCGAUUGCAACUCAAAACACUCAUCUUUUCCCCAUUGUAAUGAAUGGAAAUGCAAUUACAUUCCAGCCUCCUCUCCUCAAAACCGAUUUUCUUCCAGAAUUGACUUGACUUCCAGAAUGUUUUUUUUUAUAUAUCCAGAAACAUAAUAUAAUAUUGUCCAUCCAUACAGUUUGCCGCCCAAAGACUGAUUUAGCACGCCUGUGACCCUCAUGAGGGUCACAGGCGUGCUAAAUCUCAGACAAUAUUUUUCCAUAGAUGUUGAGAUUGACAAAGGGUGGUCAUGGUCACCCCUGGCAACCACAUAGCUCCGCCCCUGGGUCCAAGCAAAAUGCUAUUCAAGCAAAUUGCUGGAGUGCUCCAGUUCAGUUGUAUUGAACUUAUGUACAAUACAUUUGCAUCUAAUCUUUCAGAAUGGUUUGUUUUCAACCAUUAAGGUAUAAUGUUUAUUACACUUUUCUGUUCUACUAUGUAUAUUUUUCAUUCUCAUAGUAUAGUUUUUGUAAUUUUAUUUUACAGUAUUUACUUAGCUGAUGUUUUACUGUUUUGAGAAUUUUUUUCCCAUAAGAUUUUGGGUGAACUCAAAAUUGUGUGACUUUUUCGGACUCUACUGUGCGCUUUGUCCUGUCUACAAUUUUAUUUGUGCAAGAAAAUCAGAUUUUUUCAAUUUCAGUUUAGUGGAAACAUUUUCUCCCCAGACGUACGUAGUUUAUGAUCCCCUAAAUAGACAAAUCAUCACUUGUCAUGUACAGUAUUUUCUUUUCAAGAGCAUUUCCUGCGGGAACAUUUCUUUAUAAAUAUUUAAUAGCUUGCAUAAUAAAAAACUUUACAGGGACUUAACAGUGGCAACAAAGCAUAGGAGGAGCUAACUUGUCAUUUUCCAUGGAAAUACUUGACCAACGUGUGUGUGGACUGAAGGUUAUACAAGGUCAUGUUGUGAUCCGUGAAUGUAUGAAUGCAAAAGGCUUUGUCUAAGGAUUUUUAAGAUAAUGUUUUGGGUCUAUUUUUGAACUUUGUAUAUAUAAAGAAAGUGCGAAUGUGUUAACAUAGGACAAGAGAAGACAGAGUGAGGUAAAGUUCCUGCUGAAUUAGCAAAUCCUAAGCACGUAAUAAAAUAUGUACAAUAACUAGUUUGAACCUUAUGCAAAGAAAUAUAUAUUUUUGUUUUCAGGGGUAGUUUGCUAGCUCAAUUCAACUUAAAGGUUGGAUCUGCACGUUGCACAAAAACAGAAUCUUUUUUUGGUUGAAAUAUAAAUGUACUGUAUAUCUUUAACUUGCAAGGGUACGAUUGCUCCUUAAAUCUGAUCUGUCCUAUUCCUACAAAGCAAUGAGACGCUUGUACAGACUGUACUCUUUUAUUGUCAAGAGUAAGAAAGAGAAUGUAACAUCCACAGCUUGUAACACACAACUCCUUAAAAUAAACGCAAUCACAAAUUGCAAGGUGCCUCGUGGGUAAGUUUUCAUGCAACAAACCUUUUGCCACAAACGUUUUUCGGGGGGCAGGGGUACAUUUUCCCCACAUAAAUUUUUUUUUUUUUUUUUUUUAGAGCAAACCAAGACAAAAAGCGUCCAACUGUGAGUGUCUGAGCGCUAAAAUCAUCGUGCUCUCAUAAAUAAAUGUCGCUGGCAAAAAUUGUGGAGAGCUGUAGGCAACUCUGUUUGUGUGCUUGAUUUGAGGAUGUCAAGUGAUGAGACGUCCUUGUGUCAUGUCGCCGGUUAACUAAGUGCCAUGGCCACUCGUAAAACAGCUGCACGUCAAAACAAUUCCUUUUGAAAAAACACAUUAAGACCAGUGUUGUAGAAAGGCCACACGAGGAAUGAAACUGAUUCAGAAC